AUGAAUUCUUGUUGUUGUUCACUUAGCUACACAUGGAUCAUUUCCUUUUUAAUCCCCAUUUUCACUUUUGCUCAUGGGCAUUUCAUUAUGUCUAUCAUCACGACGUUAGUUUUGGUUUCUUCUGCAUUUUUGUUCUUGAUACACUCUAAGCACAACUUACAAGUUCUUGAGCAGCAAGAGCAACAACCCUUCCAGGAAAAUGAUCAGAAUGAUCUGAAUCAAGUUACAGAAGCCGUAAAGAAAGGGUGUUUUGAUGUGGGUUCACCGGAUUCUUGCUCUGAGAGUGAAGUCAUUGAUCAGUUCUCAUGUACAACCGAAGAAGAUUCCGACUUUGAUGGCUGGCAAUUUUCCGGCGAGGCAUACCGGAGACCUGACUGCUCUGACGGCUCCAUAUCCGACGAGGAGAGCUUAAUUGAAAUUGCACUCCCCGGUGGCCACUAUGUUGGCUACCAAGAUGUGGAGGAACCCAAGUUUUGUUGUCGGCAGAGGUCACCGGAAUCUGUGUUGUGGUGGCCGGAGAUGAAUGAGGAGGAAAACAUGAUAGAAAUUGACUUAUCUGUGGGGUCAAUUAAGUGCUCAAGAUUUGAAAUUAAAGCGUGA